GCGAAUACACAGUCAUACAUGUACGUUACGGUUUUUCGGCUGCCGCCUGGCUUAAGCAGCGUUCUGCCGCACAUUUCCACUCUUAAUUCGUCUUCUCUUUCUCCCACCUCUCUCCUAUGGUCCGAGCAGCUGGAAGAGGAAGGAGAGUAGGUUUUCUCACUUGCGGUUGUGUUGAGCCGCUUGUGGACGUUUCUGCUAAAGAAAAGCAACAGCUCUACGGUUCCUCUGCUUCUUUUUUUUUUAGAUUGUGUUGCUUUAGAGCUGAAAAACAGAAAGGAAAACGGGAAAAAGCAUUCCCCCAUCCCUGCACAGCGCUCCGAGAAUGAAAGUACAGAGGCAACUGGCACCCACCCGCCCGCCUGCCCAUCACACACGUGAGAUCUCAUUCCAUGCUUCUUUCCACCCGCCUUGCCUCUGCAACGCAGCACGAGAAGGAGUGAUAUACGGACGCACUUCUAGCAAAUCAACAACAAACACCAUUUGAGUGGGUCUCUACGCAUUCGCCUCUCUUUUUACUGGAACCCUUUUUUUUUUCAGAGAAGUAAGUGCUGCAAGUGCCGCAUUUUUCUUCCUUGUUUUCCCUCUUUCUGUUUUCGCGAACAUCCAUCUACAGACGUAUGCAAUCACGCAUCGUGUACAUCCUAACCAGUUAGAUCCCAUCCCAAAGAAAGAAAAAUAACUUUGUGCGACGCUGACCCACCAUGCGGCGCACCGUCGUCGCCACCAAAGGCUUCCACGCACCACGGCCCAGCGGAGGUCACGCACCACCUGACACGACAGCCUCCUUCACCGCAGCCGUGGCGUCGGCUGCCUCUCAUACGACCGCUGCUCGUGUGAAAGGGCGGCGAUCGGUGCCUUCCACGACAGCUUCAGCCGCCGUUGCGCCUGAAUCGACGCAGCAAGCAAACUCAACGCUGAAGCAUCGAAAGUCCUCUCCCCGCAAGUCGACACAGCGAUGCACCUCCACCGCGAACAGCGAUAACAGCACUACGGGGUCACCGGCACAGACGUCAGCGCGUGCCAGCACCGUGCAUUCGAUGCUGGCCCACAGAGGCGUACUCAGCGGGCACUUCAGCGCCAAUCAUCUGCGCCGUGGAUCUCGCCGCGACGACGGUAGUGGCGGGGGUGACUUCUCUGUCUCAACGGUGCCCCCCACGAGUGCCGCUGCCGGAGCAGCAUGCAACAACAACGGGAAGGCCACUGAUUCUCAGGUGUGUGCGAUGUCGAAUAGCUUUGCGCCGGCCGGUGAUGACGACUACGUUAGCAGGGAGGUCUCACACAAGCGCUCUCGAUCGCCUUCUAUCCAUCAAACCCCUAUAGUAGAGACAGCUCCGCGACACAGCACACCUGCGUCUCCUCAUCGUGCAGGCCUGACGGAGACACUGAAGGAGGAAUGCGCUCAUCUGACGUCACGCGCCGCACGUCGGCUGUCGUCGCACACCGCCGCCUCGCACGUCACCCGUAAUGUUUUUUACCCGCCACCGGCUGAGCUGGCUGUGGCGUCUCCACAGACCUCAGCUAAUCCGGUGCCGCCGCCGCUAUUGGAGUCAGCACCGCACAUCGCCAGCGCCAACUUCCCCUCAGCGGUGGCGCACGACUACUGCGGGGAGUUCGCCACACCGGGGGUCAGGGAGCAUGGAUUGCUGGCAGUGCCGCCUGCGUCACACAGGCCAAUGGCCCGGCAGGAGGUGUCACCUUCAGAAAGCAUUCCCUACACCACCGACUUCCACACACGAGAAAGCGAAAUGGCGCCGAUCUCACGCGAGGGGCAAAUCGCAGACGCCGGUGGAAGUAACUCGCCCCCGCGUGCGUCCGCCGAGGCGGAGACGGCGUCCUCCUGGGGCACCACCUCACAGCCUCGUACGUGCUUCCUCUCCGCUUUGGCGCAUCAACAGCGGGAGCAGCAGAUGCACGUCUCUGCUUUCACGCCCGCUGCGCUGAGCAACUCUCCGUACACGGAGCCGUCGCUGCCUUCACUUUCGGCUUUCUCGCACGUCGCACCGACACCGCCUGCAGCCUCCUCGCGUCUUCUCCUUCCGCUACCGCCACCACAACCGCUGCAGCUGCGACAGGAGAUGCCAUCGCACGAGCACUCUGCCGCUUCGCCGCGGCCGCCUCAACAAAAACUGGACUUCUCGCAGGUCUCCUCGAGUCGGGAGCGCUCGCUGCUUCCGAAUUCUCCUGGUGCUUCGCCGCCGUUGUCUCCCGCAAUUCCAAUCACAGCCGCCCGCGAGACAACAGCCGUGCGGUCCGCGGGUGGCGGUCGUGGUAUCGGCCCUGUCGCCAAGGAGGGUGACCUAGAAGUGCCCACCGCAGCGGACUUCAACGCAGCAACCGAAGCGGUGCCGCACCAAGGCGGGGUUGAGCCACCACGGCCGUCUAUUCCUCCCCGCUUUCUUCAUACUGCCACCACCACCGCGUCAAUCUCGUUUUGCUCAGAAAAGAAAGACGCAUCUGCGCCGUGCAGCUUCACUGACGCGCGGAGUCGAAACGACGUAGGCGUAUCCGCAGCAGGGGUGGGUCUCGUGCUCCCGGCUGCGGAAGACGAGCCGCCCGAGUCGGACGAGGCGUUGCAGCGUGAAAUAGAGGAGGACUGGCGCCUCUCGAUGGACGUCGCGUUUACCCCCUCCGGCGCCGGCAGCGGGGCACCGCCGGUCUUCUCGCAGUCGUCGCUGCUGCACGAGGAAGAGGAGAGGGAAGUAAGAGAAGGCAACGGAGGCGACGGCGGUGAGGUGGGGUUGGGGGUGGGACACGAAACGAAGCGUAGCACCGUUGCGGUCGAUUCUUCUCUACCGGGCUCCACGGCGGUUCACGGCACAGAUGCCGCUGUUGGACUCCACUCGCGCGCUGACAUCGCCUUCGUAGGACCACCACUCCCGCCAUCGCCACACGCUUCCUCCAGCAAGAAUGCCGACACCCCUGUCAUGGACCUCUUCUCGGAGCUGGCGUUCAACAGCAGCAGCACCGGGGCAGCGGAUCCUGCGUAUCUUCCUCCCCCACAGCAGUCCCCCUCCUCGUGGCCCAUCCUCGCAGGACCGCUUCCGUAUGUUCCCGCACCUCUAACGAAAGACAAGGGGGAGAAACCUUUGCUGGCCGUGGCGGCUGCGGGGUCUUCUGCUGGAGGAGGUCGGCAUCGGACGGUGUUUUCGUUUUCCUCUCGCACCGCCGCGACCGUUGCUUCGGUACCCCUCGCCGAGAGUCCGCCGUCGGCUUCUUGCCCAUGUUCUGAAAAGGAAGAGAACGGACACGCCGAUAGGAUUCCCACUUCUAGUGCAACCCCCACCUCCCAUCCUGGUGAAGACGUGGCGCCUCUUGUUGACGCGGACCUUCGUGAACGCGCGGUGGUGCUGCCGACGCUGUUGGGGGUACCACUGCCGGACUCCGAAAACACAGAAGGGCUCGUGGAGACGUGUGCUUCGGAGAUGCCAGCGAGAGGGGAAGCGGCGCAUGAGACGCCUGCGACUGCGCCCGACACGUCGGCGGGCCCCACCGCCCCCGCAGCUGCAGCAGCGUCGAUGGAGGACGGUGGACACGCAUCCACGUUGGGGUCCGUCUCCGGCGGUGCUCCCCCACCUCCUCCUCCACAAACAGUGGCGGACGCACCACCCGUCUCCACUUCUGCUAACGCAUUCACCACCCCACCGCCACCGCCGUUCUUGCCGUCAGCGAAGGCGACGUUUGCACAGGUGGGAACCUCGCCCCUGCGACUACUCCCAUCAACGACGGCGCCGCUGCGGCCGGCUCGGACGUGCUUCACGCUUCACUUUGGGCCCUCUGCCGCGUCAACGACAACGGCGGCACAAAGCACCUACACAAACCCACCCGCAACGAUGGACAGCAGCAGCAGCAACGGUAUUACGUUGCCUCUCAGUCAGAGUGCGGAUGUUGCGCCGCUGACCAGCAGUUCUGCGACCACGACGUCCGUGGCGGAGUCUUUCGUGGUAACAGGUCUGGUGCCUGCGGUGGCCUCAGCGGCGCCAGCGCGGCUUCCUCUUUGCGCGUCUGCGCCACGGAGGGAAAAUGCGCGUUUACCGACACCACCGACCUGCGAGACCUUCCCUCCUGCGACGGCACCCAGCGACGUGGUGCGCCAUCUGCCCUACCGCCUUCCAAGCGAUCUACCCGCCACCGAUCUUGCGCAGUUACACGGGUGCGCUGCGCCUCCACAAGAGGGCAACGCUGCAGCCGGCUUUGACGCAGAAAACAGCGGAGCGAACACAGAGGAGAGCCACACGGAGCAUUCUCUGCCGCUUCCCGACCCUCUUCCCAGAAAUCGCAUCAUUAUUGGAAGGGACGCGGGGCCCUUGCACCCCUCUCCCCUUCACCCUCCCGCGGCGACGACCGAAUGCUCCUUGACAAACUCUCCUUCCACUACCAACGUCCAGAACAACAGCUACACCAACACUACGGGGAUGCCCGGUGACGAGGAGCACAGCUCGGCGGCCCAAUCGGCCCACCUCAGGGGACUUUCUAUCCCCCUCCUCCGCUCUGCGCCGCCCGUCGAUCUCUUCUACGACCUUCCCCGCUCCGUCGGCGACUUCUACGCAGCUCGGCGAGGCGUGCGGCAGCUAUACGACUGGCAGCACGAGCUGCUCAGCGAACCCGAGGUGCGGCGCGGCCGCAGCUUCAUCUACAGCCUUCCCACCAGCGGCGGCAAAACCCUCGUCGCAGAGCUCAGCCUGCUGCGGUGCGUGCUGAACCGUCGUCAGUCGUGCUUCCUUGUGCUGCCCUUUGUGUCGCUGGCCGAGGAGAAGACCCUGGCGCUGGAGCCGCUAGCGGCGUUGUUUGAUUUUCGCGUCGACGGCCACUACGGCAGCUCCGGCCGCUUCCCCCUGUGCGAGGCCCCCGCCAUGUACGUGUGCACCAUAGAAAAGGCAAAUUCGCUGCUCAACUACAUGCUGGAGGAGGGCCGCACGGCGGAGAUCGGCGCGGUGGUGGUGGAUGAGAUACACAUGGUUGGCGAGUCUCGUCGUGGGGCAACGUUGGAGCUCUUCUUGUCGAAGCUACUCAUGAUAGAUGAAGCACGGCAGAUGCAACGCGCAGAGGCGCAGCAGCAACACCAUGUCAGUGACCAACAUGGGACAACAACCUGUGCGGUCACGCCUGCUGAAGCCUGGACCGAAAAUGCUGGCACGGCGUACGAUGCUGAAGAUGAUGGUGUGGAAAUGACGGAGCAGCAAGAGAGGGGACAGCAGGCGGGGGAAGAACCUUUUGCGGAUCCGGGCCCACUGCAGAUCAUUGGCAUGAGUGCCACCGUCCCGAAUCUCAGCACGAUCGCGAAGUGGCUGCACGCCGCGUGCUUUGAGCGCGACUUCCGCCCUGUCCCGCUGCGCGCCUACAGCGUCGUCGGUGGCCUGGUCCUGCGUGACGGUCAACGCAAUGAGCGCAACUUGAGUGGCAGCAGCGUGCAGCAACACCUGCUGGAGCUGGCGACGGAGGAGCCGGAUGCGUCAGUGCUAGUCUUUUGCGCGAGUCGUCAGCAGUGCGUUGACACAGCGAAGGGGAUUGUGGGUUUUAUGAGAGCGCAGGCGAUUGCAGGGCAGCAGCUGCCUUCGCUCCCCGGCAGCUCCCUCCCUCCCGCGGCCCCGCCGUUUUCCGUUCUUGGAGUGCCGUUUCCGGAUGUAACGACGAAGUCUGCCGUGUUUUCGGUGCCGGCGCAGGGCUCGUUGGCGAUGAAGAGUCUCCUCGCUGACUUGGCGGCGCUGGCGCACUACGAGGCGUCGCAGCUGAGCGAAAUCGUGCCGCACGGAGUAGCUUUUCAUCACGGCGGUCUGCUGGCGGAGGAGCGGGAGUUGAUUGAGGCGGCCUUCCGUCGCAAGCACAUACGCAUCCUCUGCUCCACCUCCACCCUCGCCGCGGGCGUCAACCUGCCUGCACGACGUGUCAUUAUAAAGACGCCGUACGUCGGCCGUGACUUCUUGACCAAGGCGCGGUACUUGCAAAUGUGCGGUCGUGCCGGCCGCGCGGGUUUGGACCCGUAUGGGGAGUCGUAUCUGCUGCUGAGUAAGCGAGACCAGUCCCGCGGACAUGCCUUGAUGCGCGCUGCGGUGGAGCGUUGCUGCAGCCAAAUAUUAGAGGACGAUCAGACCCUCACGCGGUCACUGCUGGAGUGCGUAGGCGUCGGGCUCGUGACGGACUCUGCCAGUGCACGACGGUGGAGUUCGUCGCUGCUGAGUACGCACGCUGUCGGACCGGUGGACGGCGUGUGGCGGAAACAUGUGGCCGCUGCUUCUUUUCAAGAUGGCGUGGGGGGCAUCACCUGUGUUCCUACAGCACCAUCCGCUGCCUUUGCCGAUUCCGCCGCAGGCACCGUAGCUCAUCAGACGGUUUCUACCACCGAUGAAGAGUCAGAAGGCAGUCGGUCAGUACCGGUACCAGCACCCAGUACAUUGUCUACGCCUCUCACCGCGGUGCCGGUGGCUGCGUUGGAAUCUAUGGUGUGUGCUUCUUUGGACACGCUGGCGCGUUGCGGCUUAGUGUCCGUGACGCAAGCACACGCGGCGGACGACGAGGAGUACGCGGAGGGGGAAGGAAUAGGUGGUAAAGGUGCAGUGGUUGACGCGGCACAUUGCACAUCAGCAGCAUCAGCAGUGGGAGAAGGACGCAACCGUGAUGUGCAGGUGCGCGUUACGCCCUUUGGCAGCUCCUCCGUGCGGUCCUGCUUCAGCGUCGAGGAGGCGCUGCUGCUGCGUGAGGAGCUGGACGAGCUGCGGCACACCGGCUUAAUCCUCUCCGACGACCUCCAUCUUUGCUACUUCUUGACGCCUCUCCGCGAAGUCGGCACGUGCGAUUGGGAGCUGCUGCGGCUGAUGAUGUCCCGCAUGAGCGACAGCCGGCAGCGCAUCGCAAGUCUUCUCGGUGUCGACCCGUACUUUAUCGAUCAGCAGGCAAUGGGGCUGGGAGGGCCGAUGCAGGCGACGGAGGAGGGCCGCCGCCGCCUCUUCACGGCGAAGCGCUUCUACGUGGCGCUCAUGCUGGCGGAUGUGCUCGCUGAGGUGCCCAUGGCUACGGUAGAGCAGCAGUACAACGUGAAUCGUGGCCAGCUGCAGAAUCUCAUGCGCUCCGCCUCCAUGUUCAGCAGCUCCAUCACCAGCUUCUGCCACGCAAUGGAGUGGUACUCGUUGGAGGCGGUGCUGUCCUCGUUUGUAAAGCGGCUCGGCUUCGGUGUGAAGCCCGACCUGCUGCCGCUGAUGGAGAUGCGUAACAUGCAACCCCCGCGUGCGCGUGCGCUGUGGAAUGCGGGCUUCAAGAAGCUUUCGCUGAUUGCGGCGGCGGAUGCCGAUGAUAUGGUGGCAAAGGUGAAGCAGAUGAACCCACCGGAGAUGAUGUCAGCAAAGUUCUUCACGAAGCGUUCUGCCCUAAUGGUGAUUCGUGAGGCGCAUCUCACUUUACAGUCGCAGAUUAAAGAGAAGAAGGGCGAGCUGCAAGAACUUGUGCUGCGGGGCCGCGCGACGAGGUAG